AUGCUUCUCAGGCUGCAACGAUUCAACUUGACCGUUAAGUACAAGCCCGGAUCCCAAAUGCUCUUAGCCGACCAUUUGUCUAGAGCCGCACAACAUGAAACUUUUGAGCCAGAAGAAUCUUUUCAAGUAUUUUCCUUAGAGCUGGAGAGCCUUGACCCUAUGCAAACCCUGAAGGUCAUGCCAGAACGAUUGGAUAAAUUGCAACGUAGCACAAGUCAUGAUGACACUCUGCAGACACUAAAAACCACAAUUCUGACCGGAUGGCCAAUGCAGAAAGAUCAGGUACCAAUCCAGAUAUGGGAGUACUGGUCUUACUGCGAUGAGCUAUCAUUUCACAAUGGUGUUCUUUUCAAAGGCUCGAGAGUAGUCAUCCCUAAGCUACUGAAACCUGAAGUGAAAUCCAGAAUUCAUUCCAGCCAUUUAGGAGUAGAAGUUUCCCUGCGCAAAGCUAGAGACGCUGUAUUCUGGCCUGGUAUGAAUGCAGAAGUGAGUGACCUCAUCAAACAAUGUUCAAUUUGCAAAAAAUUUGAAGUCAAGAAUCAGAAGCUUCCAAUGCAAAGCCAUGAGCUUCCUGACCGCCCGUGGGGUCGAGUAGCUGCUAACCAGUUCAAACUUAAUGGCAAAGAAUACAUAGUGCUCGUUGACUACUACUCAGAUUUCCUAGAAGUACAGAGAUUGGAGGAAAACACUUCUGGUUCCGUGAUUGAAUUUUUUAAGGAACAAUUCAGCUGA